AUGGCUGGAGAAGCCGAGAUGCCACAGUGCCCUCAGCUUCACGUUGGCGAUCAGAAACUCAGUGAGGAUCCUCGUGGACACGAUGCCCGUUGCAUUGAAGUCUACGGUUUGCCGCAUCAAGCUCCGUAUAUCACCAACACCAACACUGAGAUAUAUGCAGAAGACCGAGCAAUACCCUCCGAAAUGACGCCCGAAGCAUCUCGCAAGGAUGAGCCGAUUCCUCAAGCCACUUAUACCUACCAGCUUCCCCUUCCUUCACAAGGGAAACAGGGAGCCGAGGCUGUAUCCAGCGAUGAGGUUCAGUUCGACUUUGCACCCCUUCAACAUGACCGCUUAGACACCCAGUAUCUGGAGCGUCCCAUUGGCGUCGAUCACCGGGUUGUCCCCAGUCCAGAGUCAACACCGACACCCAAGGUCCACAGAAUAAUAGGAGCAAGGCCUGUGGGACACAGCGCAACCGGCUCAGAUGUAAGCUCAACCGACGAAACCAGAGUUUCAAAGUCUCCGAGGACACGCCGCCGUUCGAGAACAGUCUCAAAUCGUCGAGAUCGUCGACCCCAUGACGAUGAAACGGCCCUCACACAGCCAUCAGACGAAGAUAUGCACUUCUUUCUCAUGUAUCGAGCACGCGAAAAGCAAAAUACUUUUGAGAGGCUAGUGGAGCAUCUUAAGCACGAAAAUCAAGAUCUGAGAGAGCUAAAUGAGCAGACUGAAACCAAGCUUCGACGGACUAUCAACGAACGAGACGAAUGUGCCGAGUAUUCGGAACUUCUCACCCAGAGCUUGGUCGCUUUCAAAGAAAAGUACUGUAAGCUGAAGAGAUGGGCUCUGGAGACAAACAAAGAUUGUGAGAUGCUACAACAAAAUGCCUCAGAAUUCCAACGGACUCUGGCCGGGUUGACUAAAGACCGAGACAACCUGUUGACUCAAUUGCAUGAAGUUCGAUGCUCUUCGGACUCAGCCUCAGUGCACAUGGAGAACCUUCGGAACGGUGUCGGUGCGGCACAAGCAAUGGCAGAGAACAGCAUCGCAACGAUCAAGCAGCUGACUGCGUUCGCCACGGCCCAAGACGACCAUUUGAUGAGCGAGAAGCAGAGAUGUCGGAAGUUGGAGGCUCACAUACUCUAUUUGGACCAGGAGAAAAGUAAACAGAAUGUCCGUCUUCAAUGCCAACAACUGGCCACCAAUCAAACCCUGCAGGAUAUCUCGAAACAGCUCGGCGAGCUCCAGAGUGAGAGAGUAGAAGAGGAUUCCGCGACUAAAUGUAUUAUGGAAUGCUUGUAUCGAAUAGGGUCGGUGAUUGACAACAACCUGCUGGUAAAAUCAGAUCUUGUUCCACUGAGGAAGGAUUGUACUUCAGUUUCGUCAUCGCUGACCCAGCUUGAGCAGUCGCUGUCGGAAAAGGUCCAGUCAGCAAUUGCAAGUCUCAGGCAUGACCUGCAACAUGACAUCUCCACCCAAGUGUCAAGAUUGUUAUCAGAAGUGCAAUCAGGUAAUAUCGAACUUGCUGAAGCCAAAGCAGAAGUGGCACGACUGGAGGGGAAGACAGGGCAGGCUCAACAGAUCAUAGAGCUACUUCGCGAGGCGAAGCAUGAGGCACAGAAGCAUGAGGCCGAGUUGCACAACACCAACAAAGGUCUUCGAAACAACAGAGAGGCAGCUAUCGUUCAAAGUGAGGAGCUCCGAACUUCGUUGAGAACAGUCACAACAAAGUGGCAAACGGCGUGCUCUGAGCUGGAAAAAUGCAAGCAAGACAAGAACGAAACCCAUGCGGAAGUGAUUGAUUUGACGAUCCGGCUGAACGAAGCCAUGGCCGAGCACAAUUGUCUUCGAGCUGAAUUGAUCGCAGGAGAAAGCAUUUUGAGCGAACUCCAGCAACAAAAUGAAGAGCAAAAUAUAGAGGCAAGGAUCUCUACCCGGCUGAUCAGGACACUGCUAACAACAAGUAGUUGA